UUCACCACUCUCUCUUUCUCUCUUCACAUUCAUUCCUAUAACUAACUAACUAACUGUUCUGUUACAAACUUUUCCAAACAAAUAACGCUACCACCAACUUUUCGUUCUUUGCUUCGUUUUCCGAUUCAACAAUGGCGGAUUCUGAGAUAGAAACGGCUAAACUGGCGUCACUUUACGUCGGCGAUCUUCACUCCGAUGUAACCGACGAUCUUCUCUAUAAGGCAUUUUCGGAAUUCAAGAGCCUCAUUUUCGUUCGCGUCUGUAAGGAUUCAGCGACUGGAAAAUCCCUCUGUUACGGUUACGUCAACUUCACUUCUCAUCAAGAAGCAAUUCGUGCAAUCGAACUGAAGAAUCAUUCUUUACUCAAUGGAAAAGUGAUAAGGGUCAUGUGGUCAAGUCGUGAUGCUGAUGCAAGGAGAAGUGGCAGAGGGAAUGUGUUUGUUAAGAACUUAGCAGAAUCCAUAGAUAAUGUGGGACUACAUGAUUUAUUUCACAAAUAUGGGAAUAUUUUGUCCAGCAAAAUUGAAAUGUCUGAGGAUGGGAAGAGCAAAGGGUUUGGUUAUAUCCAGUUUGAUUCAGAGGAGUCUGCAAAUGAUGCUAUCCAGAAAUUGAAUGGCUCUACUGUGAGAGAUAAGAAGAUAUAUGUUGGGAAAUUUAUCAGAAAAAGUGAGCGUUCUUAUCCUGUUCCGGAUGCCAAGGAUACAAACUUGUACGUUAAGAAUUUGGACCCAGAUAUUACCGAAGCUCAUCUUAAAGAAAAGUUCUCCUCUUUUGGAAAGAUUAGUAGCUUGGCUAUUGCAAAGUAUGGGAAUGGGAUGUCAAAAGGCUUUGCAUUUGUGAACUAUAACCACCCAGAUGAUGCUGGACGAGCAAUGGAAGCAAUGAAUGGAUCACAAUUUGGUUCAAAGAACUUGUAUGUUGCAAGGGCACAAAAAAAGGUUGAACGUGAACAGAUAUUGCAUCACUUGUUUGUGGAAAAAUGCAAGGAACAAAACUUGAAAUACAAGGGAUCAAACAUUUAUGUGAAGAACAUAGAUGAUAGCGUUAGUGAUGAAGAACUAAGGGUCCAGUUCAGUGCAUGUGGCACAAUAUUGUCUGCAAAAAUUAUGCGAGAUGAUAAAGGGAUUAGCAAGGGGUUUGGUUUUGUUUGUUUCUCCACCCUGGAUGAGGCUGUUAAGUCUGUGAACAGUUUUAAUGGGUGCAUGUUCCAUGGCAAACCACUGUAUGUUGCUUUUGCUCAGAAGAAAGAGGUUAGGAAAAGAUUAUUGCAGCUCAAACAUGCUCAGAAACUAGAAGGAUUAACUGGACCUUCAUCUGCUGUUAUCCGUGGUGCACCUCAUCCUCUCAUCUACGCAGCUACUGGUGUUGUUUAUCACCCUUUGGGAUCAGGAUUGAGUGCUAAUGGCUCUGCAGCACCUUCUAAAGCAUUUCAACAAUCACCAGCUUCUACUAUUUCCAUCAAUGGUAAGCAGCAUGGGAUAGACAUGAGAGGGAUGAAUGACAAUACGAAUUCAAAAGAGUCAGGACAGGUCAAUUAUGUGGCUAGUGGAUGCCAACAGGAGAUUGAAGACAAAGCUGGAACUUCAUCUGUUAUGCAGGUUCUUGACCUUCAGAAGACCAAAGUUUCUGGCCAGGAUGUACUUCAUUCAAAUUCUAUUGCAGCUAAGGUUGCAGUGAUUUGAAUAUACUUCAACCAAGAGAUGAUACUUCGUUUUAGCCUAGCUUGUGAUGUGGUGGCUGAAAUUUUCAAGAACCCAGAUAUCUGAUAUUGUAAUAUACUUCAUUCUUGGCAUCUUUGAACUGGUUUUUAGGAUUUGUUCUGCAGACGCAGUAUAUUUUCUUUCAUUUUGAUGUGAAUAUAUAGUGAUGAUGAUACAUUCAGCUUUUUCAGUUUGAUUGUGAAUAGUGAUAUGGUAACAUUUGGUUAAUGGAAAUUUUUUGUUUGG